AUGUCCUUAGAAGACAUAGUCAAAAGCCUUGCCACCAGCACCCAAAGUUUUCAGCAAGAGACCAAGGCAAGCAUCAAGAAUCUUGAGCAACAAAUGGCACAACUUGCUCAAUCAGUGAGCAAAAUGGAGAAUCAAGGAAAGCUACCUCCUCAAACAGAAAAGAACCCAAAGCACAAUGCUUGUGCAAUUAGCUUGAGGAGUGGAAAGAAAUAUGACGGCCCAAAGAUGCCCGAAGAAGAAGAAGAGGAGUUAGUGAUAGAAGAACCACCAAAGAAGGAUGAAAAGAAAGAAGAAAUGGUGGAGAAAAAGAAGCCGGAAGAGAAAGAAGCAAAGAUCACACCACCACCUUUUCCAUCAAGAUUGAGCAGCAACAAAAAAGAGAGAGAAGAUAGUGAAAUCAUGGCAAUGUUCCGGAAAGUUGAAGUCAACAUUCCUCUCUUAGAUGCGAUCAAACAGUUUUGCAGAAAAGGAUGCCCCCAAAGUGCAAGGAUCCAGGUGUUUUUACCGUUCCUUGCAAAUUGGGAAACUUGCACUUUAACAAAAACAGGGGUAAUCAUCCAACUUGCAGAUCGUUCUAUAGUACACCCAAAAGGUGUAUUAGAGGAUGUUUUGGUGCAAGUUAAUGAGCUUGUCUUUCCUACAGAUUUUUAUGUGCUUGAUAUGGGAGAUGAUGACCAUCCAUCCUCGAGUUCCAUACUUUUAGGUAGACCAUUCUUGAAAACAGCAAGAACAAAAAUUGAUGUCUACAAUGGUACAUUGUCCAUGGAAUUCGAUGGGGAGGUCAUCAACUUCAAUAUCUAUGAAGCAAUGAGGUACCCAAGUGAUGUUCAUUGCAUAAAUUUUGUUGAUAUAAUCCAACCUUUGACUGAAAAGUGUUUUGAGUUGACUAACCAUGAUUUGUUGGAGUUAGUCUUGAGCAGGAAUUUUGAUAGCAAGUCAGUCAAAGAAAUUGCAGAAAAUUUCAAGUUAGAUGAAGAGUUGCUGGAAAUUGUGGAGAGCAUGGAAGAAAAGAAGAAAAUAAGGUAUGAUAAUAGCAAUGUGAAAUUGCCCAUUUCUGACACAAAACUUCUUCCUUCCGUUGUACAGGCACCUAAGCUAGAAUUGAAGACUCUUCCAGAUCAUUUGAAGUAUGCGUACCUUAGGGAAGAGAAGACUUUGCCUGUCAUUAUCUCCAACAAGUUGUCCAUGGUAGAAGAAGAUGAGUUGGUGACUUUGCUGAAAAAGUAA